AUGCUUAUUACUCAUUCUUCCGCGGGCGUUCUUACCGCAACAAUGCGCUUUUUAUCAACAAUUUAUAUCCUUGGACUUAAAGUAAUUGUUAGCUACUGGAAUAGUAAACAUAAUCUUUCAAUUUGUAAAAAUAACAUGCGACUUGUGAACGUCGUUUACUUGAAGCACGUAAAUAAACAAGGUGUACCCCAAUUUACCCUCCAACAAUUCGAGUCGGUAGGAAAAAACGCCCAAAUACGAUAUCAUUGUCCUGCAAGAUACACUGGCACGACAAUAUCGUUGCCAAGUGGGAAGCUCAUUGGAUACGCAAGGGACUUUCGUUCUGAACAAUGCCCAGAGUGUCGAGACCACAAUGUGGAACAGCCCGAACGGCUUAAAGAUAUGAGUAGAGAAGAAAAGUUAUUAGCUUUUAUACGUGAGGUAACAACUGAAAUAAUGGAAGUUGAUAACGAUUCGUCUGAAGUACUCUCUCCUGAUAAUUAUCGUCCCUUUGAGUUUCUACGCAAGUUAUGUCGGAAAAUUGGCAAGGCCGAUUCUGAGACCAUCUAUUGGUACUAUGAAUUUGGUUUAGCACUAACCAUUCGUAUCAAUGAAUUAGUAGAGAAUGGACAGAAGAGA